UGCUGGUCAUUAUAGAGAAUGCAGGUUUAAGGCACUGUCUAAGUUAAAUUUUAAUUUCAGUCAGAUUUUAUAUUUAAAAACACGCACAUUCACAGAGCUCCUGACUUCCUCCUCCUGAAGCUUUAAAAGCAUGACCCUUAAAGCUGUAGACUUCCACUCCCACCUGUUGCAGAAUUCUCCCAUGUCUUAUAGUUUGUCUUGUUUUUAAGUAAACGGUCUUUCAGCCCUCGCUUUUCUUCAAAGAACCAGAUACAAAGUAGAGAGGAGCACCGAUGCGCCACAGCUGUGUUUCAGUCUUUUAAGAGUUUCUGUGAAAGUUGAAGGGGGAGACUACGCUGUGUGCUGCAUGUCCUCUGUUCCAUUUUCUCUCCAAUCACCAAACAGCUUGGAGUUUCUAGUUACUUUAGCUGCUGUUGCUAUGGAGAUGACACAAAGUUUUCACCCUGGAUACUUGGUAGCAGUCACAGAUGAGGCCAGUUCAUAGCAUAGAGAUGCAGGUUCAGUCGGUUCCCCUCGGCUCUGUCACCAUCGGACCGCAGUCCUGGCGCGAGGGUACGGUCCGCUCCAUUCGGCGUGCUGAGCGGCUGGUCCGGCAGACUCGAGCCGGGCGGCCCGCUGCGUGCAGCCAGCCCCGAAGCGGCAGCUGCAGCGCCGCUGCAGGAGUCAGCCUAAAGCGCUCAGACGGCACAGCGGAAGUCACAGCCAGAGAUAAGAUAACCGCGGAGGCGUGCAGACCGAGGAGUCGUGACUGCGUCUGCAACAAGAAGAUAUCAAGGCCCCAAAGUGCAGGAGCCAUGUUCCCUGGUGGCUCUCAGAGGACACCUGUGGUCCCGUUCCCACCUUCCAGCCUGCGUGAGCAGUGUGCUGGAGCCAGUGUUGCUGUAGUUGCUGACUACAUGCGCAGAGUUCGGGAGGUGGAGGUCCAGCUGCGCAGACAGGCUGGCAGAGUGACCGAGGAAGGUGUCAAGCUGGAGAGGGAGCGAGGUCACCUGGAGAGGAUGCUGCGCAGCCUCAGGACCAAUCUGACCAUCAACCAGAAGAGCUCAGAGGGGAGAACCAGGAGGCCAUGCACCACUGAGACGGAGAGAGAUGGUGCUGAUUACUUGCUGCUGUGGGAGAGGAGAGAGCUGGCUGAGCUGAAACAGGAUCUGGAGGGAACACUGAAAACCACACUGUGCCAGCUUCAGGCCCUGGGUGAGAGCAGCAGACAGCUGCUGCACUGUGCCAGUGAGAGGGCUCGAGUACUGGAACUGCUCCCUCUCAGUGGCUCUGCUGGAGGACAUGACUCUGCACCUCAGACCUUUAUCAAAACAGAUCCCAUCAGCCCCUUUACUCCAGAGUGUAAAAAGGCUUUAGAGUCGUCCACUCUGAGGGUCAACCAGUCGCAGCUACUGAGAGAAACCAUCAGACGGACACUAACCAGCGCCAUCAACAGGCAGAAAGCUGCUCAUCGCGCUGUCAACGACGGCCUGGUGAAAAAAAUUGCAGAGACAGUCACUCUGCAGCAAAAUCUGGCGCUGAUGUCUGCAGCCACCCGGCAGGCCAUGUUUCGUAAGCAGAGGGAGAUCGACUGCAUUCGUCACAGCCACGACAGAGCACAGGGUCCAGAGUACAGCGGUGAUCUUCUGUCCAGAGAGAAGCUCAAUAGGCCUCUGGUGAAGGUUUAUCAGAGACACCCGGGGACACAGUUACCUGAAGCCGCUCAGCUCAUUCAGGGCGGUGCAGCGCUCAGACGAUGUCUUAAGUCCUCUGAGGGUGAGCUGGGGAAGCUGCAGCGAACGUGUCUGCAGCUGCUGGAUGACCUGCAGGACAAGAGAGCUGCAGCUCAGGUGGACGCAGCUGUGGUCCGCAUGAGGCGUCAGCAGGUCGACAAGCAAGCCAUGCCCGCUUUCCUCCAGCAAGGGGCGCUGUGAUGCUAAUUUAGUUAGUGAUGAGAACUAUUUACAGUUUAAAGAACAUUAGAACAGCUUGAAAAUGCACUUUAAGGUAAAAUGUUUAUGCACAGUCUUGUUUCUUUGGCUUUUUUUAAUGUUUUUUCUAAGCGUUUAGUUUUAGUUGAACUGUCGUGCAUCAUCAUACAUAUUUAAUACACAAGUGAUCUGCAAAUUUCAGAAAAAACAUAUUUUUUUCACAAACCCAAACAUUACAUGCUUCAACUGAGAAAAUAUACAAUUUUGUGAAUAUUAGCUCAUUUUGAAUUUGAUGUAGAAACAGGCUCAUGGUUACCACUGUGUGGCGGUGUCCUGUGUCCCCUCUUCUUCUAUAUCCAGUCCCUAAAUAUCCGAGGUCUGGGGAGAGCAGCUGCUGGACCUUUGGUCCUUUUCUUCUCUGAUAGCUGACUCUAGCUGCUUAACAGUUGUAUUUCUUGUUUCACGAUGCUUCGAGUAUUUUCUUUUGAUGAAAGGUCUGGAAUGCAAGCAGGCCACUCCAGCACUGAGUUCUGAUAAUAAGUCAGAUUGUCCCUCUCGUCCUCAGUCCGGAGGACACAGCAUCCAUGUUUUCCAGUAAGAAUUUCAGAUUUCAGGUUGUCCACAGAACAAUUUUCCACUUGGCCUUUUAACAAGCUUUUUCCCAGAGACGUUCUUUGCAUAGAUGUGUGUUACCCUGCAUUUGGGGAUGGCACAGAGAGCUGUGUUCAAAGACUGUGAUUUCUGGAAAUGUUGCUGAGUCCAUGCAGUUGUUUCCAUGACUGAAUCAUGUUGGUUUUUUAAUGCAGGGCUGCCUGAGGGUCCAAAGAUCACAAACAUACAGUUUAGAUUUUUGACUUUAUCGUCAUUUGCAUAUCACCAUCAUGCAGAUGAUGAGAUAGUUUUUUACACUGAGGAGUGUUAUUAUAAUUUUUAAUGUCAAUCCCAGACUGUCAUCUUCUGUUAGUACAGCCCAUCCAAAAAUCCUGUUCUCCAGAUUUAAAUUCUAGUGUGUCUGAGCCGUCUGAUUUCAGGAUGGAUAUUCUAACCAAACUGUUCGCUGAUAGCUUCAUGCUGAAUCAUCUUGUUAAAUAUGACAACUUCUGGCUUGAAAAAAUGAGCAUUAGAGCAGCAAAACACCAUCUUUGACACUUAAAAUACAAAAUCAAAGACCAUGGGGUAUGUUUGUUGUUUGCAACCAACAGCCAUCUGGAACCAUCAUCAAGUGGCCACUCAAAGAAUUGCAGCAUUUAGGAAUCGCAUUCUAAAUACUGCAGACUGUCAUUCUGCAGUCUGGCCUGAUAGAAUAGCCCUUUAUUGUCAUUGUUAUUGUGAUUUACAGUAGGGGGGAUGAAAUAAAAUAAAGAGAGCUUUGCCUUCUCUUACUGGAGAGUUUUCCUAGAAGAGUUGAAGUUUAACGCCUGUGCUGUUAGGGUGAAAUCUUCAGCAGCUCCACAGAAUUCAGCUCUGGGUUUGAAACCAGUCUAAUUCUGUGGGUUUAUCUCAAGACAGCGUAUCACUCCACAGACACACAGACACUUUCGUUCUGAUCUAAUUAGGUUAUUUUGUAGUGAAAUAACACAUCACCAUAAUGGAAAGAAUGACCUUUUGUAUGCCUGAAAAACAGAAACAGGAAAAAGUAUCCAGAGAUGGAGUAAUUUGAUUAUCUUAUCUAACCACACAAUAAUCUCAUACUGCAGAUUAUUUCAAUACAAACACUAUGAACAAAUCUUACUGUGAAAAAACAUGAAAUCACCCUGUUUUCAGUUUGAAACUGUGGGACUGUUCAUUGCUUCUACUCACUUUUCUAGUCAUGGGACUGCAGGUCACUUGACAUCCCUCCCACCAAACUCAACGUCUUUCAUUAGGAGAUGAGAUGUGAUUUAAUAAACCUGCCCUGCUUUACCUCA